AUGGAUAAACUCGUCCGUGAAAGGAAAUCACUCGAACCGCGAAUGAAGCGGAUUGCAGAGGUUGUGGCAAAAAUUAAGCCAGAAGAGGCUGAAGAAAUUAAUGUACAAGCCGAGUUAGAUGCCUUGAACGAUGUGCGGGCUUCAUAUAGUGCUGUGCAUAAGAAAAUUGUGGAGCAUUGUGAGGACGAUAAAUCGUACGACGAGGCAGUGAGCCGCCAAGGACAAUUUGAAGAUUAUUACAUUAAUCUCAAAACUCGUUUAUUGAAAAUCCUCAAAGUGGUAACAAAUCGAGAAUACGUGGCAGCCCCACAGCCAAUGCAGCAUGACGUUAUUAAGCAGCUUGCCGAUCAACAAGCUGAAUUUCUCCGUAUGAUGUCUGCUAAUAUGGCCGCUCCAUCAACCUCUUCUGCCGUCGUCCACCACAACGCUAGUGCGUCCCCAUUAUCGGAUCUCAAACUGCCUCGGAUGAAUGUACCUGUCUUCAGCGGAAAUUAUAUCGAUUGGCAAUCAUUUUACGACUUGUUCGACAGCUUGGUCCACCAAAACCCAACGCUGAAGGAUAGUCAAAAGCUGUAUUUCCUGAAAACUAACCUCACUGGUGAAGCAGCAUCCCUGAUUUCGCACCUGAAAAUAGAGGAUGCCAAUUAUCUACCUGCAUUGGAAAAACUAAAGUCUAGGUAUGACAAACCACGUGAAAUCGCGAAUCAGCAUAUUAAGCGAUUCCUCGCGCAGCCAACACUGACGUCAUCCACUGCACAAGGCUUGCGAUCACUCCAUGAUGUUUCAGAUGAGGUUAUUCGGGCUCUCAAAGCAAUGGACAGGGAAGAUCGUGACACGUGGCUUUUGUUCAUCCUCAGCGAAAAGGUGGAUCCAGACACAAAGCAACUGUGGUGCCAGAAGAUUGCAGAAAUGGAGGAGUCGAAUAUCACCCUGCAGUGUUUCCUAAAGUUCGUGGAAUCUCGCAGUUUCGCUUUGCAAGCAGCUCAGCCAGCCAAACCGAAAGUCAUCGUGCCCUUUAAACAACCUUCCAAGAAUCAACCUCAAUACAGAGGCGCUACCGCAUUCGUCGCCACGAACCCACCGUUCUGCAACGUGUGCAGCAAGCAACAUCAUCAUGUCUACCACUGUGGCAGGUUCAUCCACAUGAAUUAUGAAGAGCGAUUAGCUCACAUCAACAGAAUGAAGCUGUGUCACAAUUGCCUGAAAUCACAUCCCAGUGAAAGCUGUAAAUCAGGUACUUGCAGGAAAUGCAACUUACCUCACCACACCUUGCUUCAUCCGGCUACGCCAUCAGCAAGCCCACCAUCAGAAUUAUCAUCGUCAGUCUCGGCCCAGACAAACCUUGGAUCACCAACCCAUUCUUUGAUUGCGGCCCUCGACCCGCCAGCUUGCGUCGAUGCAUCUAAUGUCUUGCUCGCCACCGUUGCCAUCAACGUUUUGGACAGCCACGGACGUCCGCACGCCUGUCGUGCUGUAUUAGAUUGUGCAUCGCAGGUUAGCUUUAUUAGUGAAAAGUUUUGCAAACAACUCGGUCUCAAAACCCAAGCAGCCGACAUGUACCUCGAAGGGAUUUCUGCUACUCCAGCGCACGCUAAUAAAUGUGCUGAAAUAAUUAUUUCUUCUCGCUGUACGGAUUACCGCACCUCCGUUUCGUGCAUGGUGCUUGAGAAAAUCACUAAAACGCUUCCAUGCAAGGCAGCAAAUAUCGACACUUGGCCUAUUCCAGGGUCAAUACAUUUGGCCGAUCCACUCUUUCAUCGCCCGGGUAAGGUAGAAGUAUUACUGGGAAUUGAGCUCUUUUUUCAGAUGCUUGAGCCAGGCCAGAUUGCUCUCAGCGCUGACAAUAGCCUACCAACACUGCAAAACACAAGGCUCGGUUGGGUGGUUGCCGGCCGUUAUUACGAGCCGAACAGAUCUGUUGGAUCUCACGCUUCGACUUGCUUGCUAGCAUCAACCGAAGACGAGCUUUCUCAGCAGCUUCGUAAAUUUUGGGAGCUUGAAGAGUACACCGCAGCAUCCAGUUAUCUCACCGAAGAAGAGCAGCGCUGCGAACAACACUUUUCUGAGCAUACGUUCCGGGAUCAAACAGGCAAGUUUGUCGUUCGUCUUCCGUUCUUGCUCGAUCCCAACCAGCUGGGCGAGUCGAGACAAAUUGCAGAGAAAAGGCUUCGUCAUAUUGAGAAAAAGCUCGACCGUAACCCGGAACUCAAAGGUGAAUAUCAUGCGUUCAUCCGUGAAUAUAUUACUCUCGGUCACAUGUCACUGGUGAACGAUACCAGUACAUCUGCAAAAUCGGUUUAUCUCCCACACCAUUGCGUAGUCAAAUCAUCAAGUUCAACUACCAAAUGCCGCGUCGUGUUCGAUGCUUCGGCGAAGACUACCAGUGGUCUCUCAUUGAACGACAUACUAAUGUGUGGCCCGGUCGUUCAAGAUUCACUGAUUAAUAUUUUAAUACGAUUUCGCCUCCCACCAGUCGUACUUGUUGGUGAUGCGAAGCAAAUGUAUCGUAUGGUAUGGAUGCAUGAGCUCGAUCGUCACUUUUUAAGAAUUUUAUGGAGAUGGUCCCAAGAUGAUGAGAUAAAUGAAUAUCGGCUAAAUACGGUCACGUUUGGAACUAAAAGCGCAUCAUACCUGGCCACGAAAUGCGUACAGCAGCUUUUAGAGGCCUACCGACAGCAGUAUCCAGAUGCGGUGGAAAAGGCACUAAAGGGCAUCUACGUCGACGACAAUCUUACUGGUGCUGCAACCGAAGAAGAAGCAAAGCUGAUACGGGAGCAGCUGACUGAAAUGUUUGCGGCAGGGGGAUUUCAUCUUCGCAAGUGGGCAUCAAAUAGUGAAACCGUGUUGGAAGGCGUUAAUGAAGCAGAUUUAGAAGUGAAAAUUCCCAUCCAGGAGAACGACACCAGUACCAUCAAGGCCCUCGGAAUGCAAUGGCAGCCGUGUAGUGACGAGUUCCAUUUUUCCUACCACCCAACUGAGAUCCUUCAGCCCACUAAACGAACUAUUUUAUCACAAAUUGCCAGUCUAUUUGAUCCGCUUGGCCUUUUAGCACCUGUAAUCGUAAAGGCAAAGCUGGUAAUGCAGCGCAUGUGGGAGCUGAAGGUGGCCUGGGAUGCACCACCCCCCGGUGAGUUAUGCAACGAUUGGUUAGUUUUGGUGCAAAAGUUUUCGCUUCUCAAUUCAUUUCAGAUACCUCGCAAGGUGAUCAGCAUACGGAAGUGGUCUCGUCUCUACCUACACGGCUAUUGCGAUGCCUCUGACUUGGCCAUGGGCGCAUGCAUCUAUAUUCGAGCCGUAGACGACAACGAAAAUAUCUCUUCCCAUCUUCUGUGUGCCAAAUCGAAGCUGGCACCUAUAGGCAAUGGCAGAACUACUACACCCCGUCUUGAGUUGUGUGCAGCAGUUAUUCUCUCACGAUUAAUCGCAAAUGUUAAAGCAGCUCUUUCGGAUACCAGUUUCUACGAGAUUCGUGCCUUUACCGAUUCCAAGGUUGUCCUCGCCUGGCUCACUGGCGGUGCUGCAAGAUGGAAGACUUUCGUGGCAAAUCGAGUAGCGGAGAUUACUACACAUCUACCAUCCAUCAACUGGUCUCACGUGGGUACUCAUCACAAUCCGGCCGAUCUGAUCUCACUGGGCGCCUUUCCUGACCAGCUUCAAACAAACAAUCUUUGGUGGCAUGGUCCUAGUUGGAAGCCAUUAGAGACGAAUAGCGAAUCAUUUCCAAACAAUGAUCUCGACACCGAUGAGCUACGACAAAUAGAUAGAGAGCAGCGAGUUACUGCCGUGAGCUGCCUCACUGUUUAUGAGAAUCGUUUCUUAGAUGACAUGAUGGCCAGGUACUAUCCGAACUUACAGCUUCUUCUACGUAUAACUGCUCGGAUGCUUCGCUUUGGGCACUCUGAGUUCCGCAUUUCUACUCGGCUCUCUCCAAAGGAAAUCGAUUUUGCUUUAGGAAAGUACCUAGGACACACACAGCAGCAACACUUUUCUGGAGAACUAAGUCGAUUGCAGCUAGGCCUUAGUGUCGAACGUAAUAGUCCAUUGUAUCAGCUAAGCCCGUUCCUGGAUGGAAACGGUGUCGUCAGGGUGGGCGGCAGGCUGCAGCAGUCGGAUUUGAGUUACGACAACAAGCAUCCAAUCUUGUUGCCUCAACAUUCGAUAUUAACAUCGUUCAUCCUUCUUAAAGUGCAUCGCGAGCAGCUCCACUGUGGCCCUCAGUCGUUGUUAGCAGCUGUACGGACACGGUUUUGGAUAUUACGUGGUAGCAGCGCCGCACGCAAGGUAUGCCGUGAUUGUGUGAUCUGCAGUCGAGCUCAGCCAGCCCACAUUCAUCAACAAAUGGGACAGUUACCAGCAGACCGCUUGAAACCACUUCCACCCUUUGCUAUUACGGGUGUCGAUUACGCCGGACCAGUGAGCAUUGUUGGGCGAAGAGCCCGUGGUGCAGUAGCAUCGAAAGGAUAUAUCGCUUUGUUCGUAUGCUUGGGAACACGGUCGAUUCAUUUAGAAGCUGUUUCGGAUCUAAGUGCAUCGUCAUUUUUGGCCGCGUUCACCCGUUUCACCAGUCGCUACGGAGUACCCACCAAGAUGUACUCCGACAAUGCUACUAACCUUCGAGGAGCAGCGAAGACGCUUCGGGAACUCUAUCAACGUAUUGAUGCCACAGAACACAGCAACGAAGUGAACGAUUUUUUAACCGACCAGCGGGUGCAAUGGUUCUUCAUUCCUGCCCGCUCACCGCACCAUGGAGGGUUGUGGGAGGCUGGUAUCAAGGUUGCCAAAGGAUUUCUCAGCAAAAUUGGAGGUAAUCAAAAUUAUACAUUUGAAGAAUUAAGUACUCUUCUCGCCCAGGUUGCUGCCUGCAUGAAUUCUCGUCCGAUAUCAACACUAUCAGAUAACCCCACUGAUCCUCAGCCGCUUACCCCCGCUCAUUUCCUGAUCGGGCGACCGCUCGGAGCUCUUCCCGAAAUCAAUCAUCUCGAGCAGCAGAUAGACUCUCUUACCAGGUGGAAUUAUGUUCAACGUGUCGCCCAGGAUUUUCGGGCUCGGUGGCAGUCUGAAUAUGUGCUUUCGCUCCAACGGUUAGCAAAAUGGCAAGCGUCGGCGCCUAAUGUCGCCGAAGGUGAUUUUGUGCUACUCGUCGAAGACAACGAAAAAUCGCAACAGUGGCCACUAGGUCGCAUUCUGGAAUUAUUUCCCGGAAAUGACGGGCGCGUCAGGGUCGUUUCGGUCAAAACGGCCAAGGGCAUUUUUCGACGCGACGUCCGAAAGCUUCGACGAUUCCCUCUAGACAGCGACGAGUAUCUACCAGGAAAAAAUGGAUUGGAAAUUCCUACUCGUAAUUUGGUGGGCGGCUUAUGUUGGCGCGAAAAUGGGAGCGACUACCCUACUCGUCAUAGCAGCGAGCGACGCGGACGGCGGCUACCAACAAAGGAGUGA